ACUGACGCGAUCAACAAUUCAAUGUUUACCACUAAAGUGAAGUUCCCUAUGACGCAACUGGAGUGCCAAGCGGCAAAGGAAAUUUUUGCGUCUGCACCUUCACCAUUUGUAGCAGGAACUAUCGGUGCAAUCGACUGCACUCAUGUCUCUAUUUUGGCUCCCAAAAAUAACGAAUCAAAUUAUGUCAAUCACCAUGGGUACCAUUCGAUCAACGUGCAAAUGAUAUGUGACCCAAAUCUUAGAAUUUUAAACGUAAACGCAAAAUUUCCGGGAGCACGGCAUGAUUCAUUUACUUGGAGCUUCUCUGCAGCGCGUCGGGUUAUGCAGCGGUCGUUUGAAAACGGAAACCACAACACAUUUUUGAUUGUACUUUCCACAAUCAAUGAAUAUACUUAG